AACGACUUGCGGAUGAUGAUGGAUGCUAUUUUACCAGUGUCUGGAUGCGUGAUGCGCUACUAUUACUACUACUACUGCUACUACUACUAUACCUACUAUACCUGCCCAAGUACAUGCCCAAGGUACCCGCGAUUAUUCCUUUCGGUCUGUCAGAGUCGAAAGAGAACAAUCUCCAACACGCUUCGCCUUUUUUACUUAUCUAUCCGCCCGGUGCACCUUCCCCGCGAUUCAAAAGCUGACGGCGAAGAAUCGAACUCAUCAACUAUCCCCCCUCCACCCCUCAAUAAAACACACAGCCUGCACUCGUUGAUUCCGACGGUCCCCCUCGAUCAGCGCAUAUCAUCUCAUCGGAACCAGCCCUCGGACAAUAGAAGCUCCAACGUUCUUACCUUCCCCACGGUCAUUCCAAUCGGUCAGAACGAGAACGUCCUUGUAAUCCCGCCGGCGGAUGCGCAUUUUACUUCAUCUCAGCUACACUGUUAUAUAACUACCAUUCGACGGACGGCGCAGCUUCCAGUACCCACUGUGCUCUACUCUACCCCACCCCGCUCUCUCCACCCCCAUAAUACCCUAGUGGUUGGCUAUAUAUCCAGUAGUACAGACCUCAGCUUCCAAUUGCUCUUUCGAAGCCCCUCCCGUAGAUCGCAUUGCUCUUCCUCUCUCUCUCUCCCCCUCCCUCCAUCUCUCUCCCUCCAUCUCCGUCCCACUCUCACCCGCAGCGCAAGGCAAAAGCGCGCUCUUCACCGACGAAAGCCUGACCUGCAGGGACUGCCGUAAAGUCGGGGGCGAUAGUACCGACCGCGACCAUUUUCGCAACUACUACAUCCCCACCAGACUCGUGGGCUCGUAUGGAAGUAAAGCAGGAAUACUCCAAGAGACCUCGUCUUGAUUCGUGGUCUUCUUCGCAGCAGAUCAUAGACCAAGCGACCUUCCAGUUCCACCAGCAGGCGGCGUAUUCCCCCCAGUCACAGUACUCAAACAGCUCCACGAUGGCAGGAUGGGGAGAAAGCAAACCCCGGUCGCAGAGCAUGAGUGGUGGCGGCGGAGGCGGCGGCGGCGGCGGCGGCGCAAGCGGCAGUGGGG